AUGCUUUCCAGAUCUUUCAUCGCCAGAAGAGCCUUUGUCUCUGCUCCCAUCCGCUCUUUCCAGACCGCACCUGUUCUGAGAGUCGGCAAGGAGAGCGCUCUCCACAACGAGGGCCGCGCCGAAGAGGCCGACAAGAUCAAGAACGAGCAGAUCGAGAAGCAGAAGCAGGGCAAGGGCCACUGGCACGAGGAGAUCGCCUCUGACAGCGAGAGCAUCGUCAAGGCAGACAGAGGCGACAUCAAGGCCGACGCCGACACGAUAGAGCAACUGCAAAAGGAGACUGAGAAGCUCGCCGGCCAGAAGAAGUAA